AUGUGCCAAACUGCGCAUUUACGUUCAUCAGCCAUAUCUUCGCAUAAUCGUCAGAACUUGAACCAGCCAACACACAAACAAGCAGCAACCACCGCUUCGUCUGACGCUCACCGCACACACUCGUCACACAGAGCCAUCAUCAUGGGAGCACGAACGCCAGCGACAACGUCGCUUGCAGUUGCCGCCGUGCUUGCCGUGCUGGCAUUUGCCAGCUUGCAGCUGUUUGCAGACACCUUGCGUGAGAGCAAGGUAGGCACCAUCGGUGCCGGCUUUGUCUCGUCCCUCAUCUACAUUAUGACCCUCACCGCCAUCAACAACAUCGAGUGCUCAGUCUUUGGCUCAAACUACCAAGCAGGAAUCUUCCCCGAAUGUGUGCUGGCCUUGUUUGUGGCCAUGGCGUGUGCAGCAACGAUUCACGGUGUCAGCGUUACAACUUGCUUCUUGUUCAGCUGUGGGCACACGUUCUUCCUCAACCGACUCUCCACACAACUGUACAGCUCAAGAAAGCAAUAAACCCCUCCCCCCAUCCACACGCGCACGCGCACGCGCACAUCCACACGCAGGCCUGUUUGUGCUGCUGCGUCUCCGGCGAUGUCGUGUUGCUCUUCACUCUCUCUCUGUUCUCCCUCCUCGUUAUUUCAAGCAAAGCAUCAAGCAAGUGCCGACCAACCAUCAACCACCAAGCAAGC